UAAGGAGUUGACAUGAUGGACAUGGCAGGAAAUGUCAAUUCGGAUGCGCGCUUUGCAUUCAAGAUUCGAGCAUAAAAAGGGUGACGAACAUCCAGAGUCAUUAGGAAGGGGAGAAGGGGAGAGCAGGAUCCCGAUGUCGCAGGUUCAACCCUAACCCGAGUUCCGACGAAAACCUUGGAUCAAUUGAUUUGGGUGUUCAUGAUCCUGAAGAACAGAAUCCCUUUCCCCAUUUUCACUUUUAGCCAGCACUGUUGCAUCUCAAAACAUCAACUCAUGCGGUCUUGCCCAUUAUACUUCCAAGGACCUCACCCACCUGCCACAGCCGAGACCAACCGUUUUGGACUUCAACUUUACUGCAUACCCAGCCCCUCCUUCCGGAAACUUCCUCACCGCCAAACAAACCCCGGGAUCCUGGUCCGAAUAACUGCGAAACGACCUAUCAUUUGCGUUCGUUUUGAAGAAGACGAAGCCAUCCUUAUCGGCGUCUCUCACAGUUACCUAACGUUUACUGGUUCACAAACCCUUGUCCAUAUUUAUUCCUCAGAGACCGUUUGGCCCAGCAAGAAGCGGCAUGCUGCUAGAGCUCGCGGCGGCGAAGACGACCAUGAUUGCCAUGUAGGCGCACACCAACCCGAGCGUCUUGUGUGUGUUCAGCUCGUUUGUAGAUGUCACCACAACGCCGAAGACGGUCGUGGAGCCGACGACAACGCCAAAAGCCUGAAGCUUGCUUGGCUCCGCAAGCCAGAGGAUGCCCACGGGUAUGAAGACGAGCGCCGCGGCGCCUAGGACCUGUAUUGUCUUGAGCAUGAUGAUGAGAGCGCUUUCGGGGAGGAAGCGGG